AUGUCUCAUGUUUAUUCUACUAAAACUGGAAGUAAUUUCACCUAUGUAUGCGACCGUUCAAGGUAUAAAGAUCUUGGAAUGGAAGUGUCAGACUUUGCCUUCUGUGAUUCAUCCCUCCCUUACUCUGUUAGAGUGAAGGAUUUGGUGGAUCAAAUGACACUUUCUGAGAAGGUAAACCAGCUAGGCAAUCUUGCUUAUGGUGUGCCAAGGCUAGGCCUGCCCAAGUACGAGUGGUGGUCUGAGGCUUUGCAUGGUGUCUCCAAUGUUGGCCCCGGUACAUUCUUUGACGAUGUCGUUCCUGGCUCAACAAGUUUCCCCACUGUCAUUAGCACAACAGCUUCAUUUAAUGAGUCAUUGUGGAAAAAGAUUGGUCAGGCUGUUUCAACGGAAGCUAGAGCCAUGUUCAAUCUAGGGCGGGCUGGACUGACAUAUUGGAGUCCGAACAUCAAUGUUGUGAGAGAUCCCAGAUGGGGAAGAGCCAUAGAAACACCAGGUGAAGAUCCUUUUGUUGUUGGCAGGUAUGCUGUGAACUAUGUUAGAGGUCUUCAAGAUGUCGAGGGACAUGAAAAUUAUACUGAUUUGAACUCUAGACCUCUCAAAGUCUCUUCAUGCUGUAAGCAUUAUGCUGCAUACGAUGUUGACUACUGGCUAGGUAUUGAUCGCACCAGUUUUGAUGCAAGGGUGCAUGAGCAAGAUAUGGUGGAAACGUUCCUCCGACCAUUCGAAAUGUGUGUUAAAGACGGUGAUGUUAGCAGUGUUAUGUGCUCUUAUAACCGUGUUAAUGGCAUACCAACUUGUGCUGAUCCUAAACUUUUGAAUCAAACCAUUAGAGGAGAAUGGGAUCUUCAUGGAUAUAUAGUGUCAGAUUGUGAUUCAAUUGAUGUAAUGGUGAAUAAGCACAAAUUUCUUGGUGACACAAAUGAGGAUGCUGUUGCCCAAACAUUAAAAGCAGGUUUGGAUUUGGACUGUGGCAUUUUCUACCCGAAUUUCACCGCAAAUGCCGUGAAACAAGGGAAGGUCAGGGAAGGAGAUAUUGAUAAGUCAUUAAAGUAUCUCUACACUGUGCUAAUGAGGCUAGGCUUCUUUGAUGGAAGCCCUAAUUCCAAAUAUAAAUCUCUUGGCAAGGAUGAUGUGUGCACUAAAGAGAACAUUGAGUUAGCCACAGAAGCAGCGAGGGAGGGAGUUGUUCUUUUGAAAAAUGAUAACGACACUCUUCCUUUGCACUCUGCUAAGAUAAAAAAUCUAGCCGUGGUUGGGCCACAUGCCAAUGCUACAUCAGCUAUGAUUGGAAAUUAUGCAGGCAUUCCAUGUCAGUUCACAUCUCCUAUUGAUGGCUUGAAAACAUAUGGAAAGGUCAACUACAAAAUGGGAUGUGGUGAUGUUAUUUGCAGGAAUGAAACCUUCGUAUUCCCGGCCGUGCAAGCUGCAAAGUAUGCUGAUGCUACCAUAAUACUGGCUGGCUUAGAUUUGUCUGUGGAGGCAGAGAGCUUGGAUAGGGAGAAUCUCACACUUCCUGGUUACCAAACUCAACUUAUCAAUCAGGUUGCCCAAGUUGCAAAGGGUCCAGUUAUUCUUGUUAUAUUGUCAGCAGGUGGUGUUGAUAUCAGCUUUGCUAAGGACAAUACAAAUAUCAAAUCCAUCUUGUGGGCUGGUUAUCCUGGAGAGGAAGGUGGUCAAGCCAUUGCCGAUGUUGUCUUUGGGAAUUACAACCCUGGAGGAAGAUUACCUCUUACAUGGUUUGAAAAUGACUAUGUGAAUAUGCUGCCAAUGACAUCGAUGCCUUUGAGGCCCAUUGACAGCUUAGGCUAUCCAGGCCGAACAUAUAAAUUCUAUAAUGGCUCUACAGUGUAUCCAUUUGGAUAUGGCCUCAGUUACACCCAAUUCAAUUACAAGUUAACAUCCACACAAAGGUCAAUCCGCAUAAAUUUGAAUAAGUUCCAACAUUGCCGCUCCAUAGAUUACACAGACAGUGCCCGCAAGCCCCCAUGUCCUGGAGUCCUGAUCAACGACUUGACAUGUGAUGAUCAAUUUUCAUUUGAAGUUGAAGUUCAAAAUCUAGGAGAAAGAGAUGGCAGCGAGGUAGUCAUAGUUUACUCAACGCCCCCGGAGGGAAUUGCCGCAAGUUAUAACAAGCAAGUGAUUGGUUUUCAGAGGAUUUUUGUGGCAAAAGGAGGCAGUGAGAAGGUUAAAUUUGAUCUCAACGUUUGCAAGAGCUUAGGAAUUGUUGACUAUGCUGCUAACAGUCUGUUACCAUCUGGUGGACACACCAUUACAAUUGGCGACAGUGGAAUUUCAUUCCCUGUUCAUGUCUAUUUAGAACAUUAG